AUGAAUGCGUGCGUAAGGGCUGAAAAAGUAGAUGGAAGGAGUGGUGAAAGGGGAAAAGAAAGGACACCGUACACAGUGCUGAGAGGUGGACCAUCGGGGUUUACCGUUUACCGACAAAUGUUACAAUUGUCGAGGUUAAUACAAGCCCUGCCAAUACUGCCACCACCAGCAACACCAUCUUACGUGGCGUGCUAG